UGUUUUUUUUUUUAAUUAUUCUAUCGAUUGUUACUAAAAAUGGAGUUAAUUAAAUCCAUACCCAUACUCCUUCUGGUGUCAUCAGCGCUGGCUCAGUACGAAGGUUACAGCUUGGAGGGCUACGAAGGUUACCAUCACAAGCCCAUCAUCCACCAAGCAUCUGAAGAGCAACACAGCGAGGAAUACGAUCUGGACUACCAUGCGCACCCGAAAUACUCUUUCGACUACUCAGUAAAGGACCCUCAUACUGGUGACGACAAAGAACACUGGGAGACCAGAGAUGGUGACAAAGUUAAAGGCUCAUACACCCUAGUGGAGACCGACGGAACAAAACGCAUUGUAGAAUAUGAGGCAGAUGACAAGAACGGUUUCAACGCAAUCGUCCACAAAAUUGGCACUCCCAAAGAAGAACACGAAGAAUACAAAGUGGCCAAACCAGUCUACGAGGAAUACAAAUUGGCCAAACCAGUCUUCGAGGAAUACAAAGUGGCCAAACCAGUGUAUGAGAACUACCAACACGAAUAUCAAGAAGAGGACAGCGGCUUUGUGCCGAUCGUGGGUUAUAAACACUGAUUUAGAAAAGACUGGCAUUUGUAUAUUGGUGCUAACUUGGUUGUACACGAAAUUAAGUUUUCUACACAUAUAAAAGAACAAACUAACUGACUGACAAAUCAACCGGUCAAACCGGUGGGUCUACUCCAGUUUGAGAUUUUUCUAUAGAUUUUCACUACAAUGUAGACUGUUACCACCACCACCACGACCAGUAAAUUCUAAGUAGUAAAAACUUCAACGGGAUUUCAAACCCCUUAUUCCACGCAUAGUCGCAGGAAAAUGCUUAGUUAACAGAACUAAAAACCAUAUCCUCCUUUUCCACAGUUGCAACACGAUAUCCACUUUUUUGAUUUAUCUUUUUACAAAAUAUGACAGUAAAACUUAUAGCUAACCUCUGUGCAAGUCUUGCCCACGUGGAAUAGUAUCCAGAAUACUGGCUGAAUUCCUGCCCUGAACAGCCAGGCUGAUUCUUUAGCUGGCUCAUUUUGUUCCGACGACGUAUAUUUCUUUGAUUAUUUUCAUUCCAUUCCCACUUCUGAUCUAGGUAGUUAGUCAAUACUUUGUAUUCGUUGGUAUCUACAGUAUUUUCAUUACAAUUUUUUUCAUGUACAACCAUUUCAACACUAUGUACAAUAUUUAAAAUUAAAACGAAUUACUUAUUAGACAAUUUUCCACUUAUUAUAACUAUAAAAAUCAGUAUUAAUAUAAUAUCUCCCCUACAGGUUGAGCCAACACAAGCCAAUGUGGUAGAUAAAUGCAUUAAUUAAAUGAUUGGCAAAUGAACCACUAUGUUAACAUCGUAGUAGGAUGCAGAUAGCUUUAUGCAUUUUUAAACGUUGGUUCAUAGACUGACGAUAGGAACAAACAUUGGUGUAUGUUGGUUUAAAAUGUAGGAUAGGGUACCAUUUUGUUGUUUAAUUAAGUCUUACUUGUAAACGGUUUGUCGAUAAACUUACGCGGCCUUACCACAAAAAAAUUAAACGCUAAAACGUGUUUAGUUUAAGCCUGACAUAAUAUUUGCAGAAACUGUCCAAACGUAAAUAGAUUCGUUAGAAGAAAAGGCACCUUCUAGACAAGCGCGCUCCACCUUUGGCUGCAUCAUCACCUACUUUGGUGUGAUAGCAGUCGUGCAUGCCUAUUUAUUUUAA